AUCCUGAACACAUCUCCUUAGAUACCUCUCUGAACCUCUUCAGUGCCCCCAAAGUCCGGAGUGUCUCUGGCUUUGGUGAGUACGCACCCAGCUGGUCCCUGCCCCGGCGCCCCAGGGACGGCGCCCCCUCGCGAGUUGGGGCUGGAGAAAUGUUGCUUGUGUUCUCCGAGUGCUGAGGUGAUCGUCCCGACCUGGGCACAGAAGGGGUGGGAAAGGGACUAGAAAGGUGUAACAGUAGAAAUGGGACCAAAGACCCUAGGCGCCAAGAGGAAGACACAAGGAGAGAGAUCUCUGUCUCCGCCACGGUGGUCUCCUACCUGCGGGUCAGAGAGGAGACUCCAGCUCUAGGGCUCCAGGCUCUUUGGCACUUACUGGAGGAGCUUGCCGGAGCUCAGUGAAGAACCCAUGGCAGUUGUAGCAGUGGCUCCCGGAGCGGCCGUGGUGACAUUGCGCCCAGCACCGCAGUGGAUCUCCGCCCGGGCCGCGGGUAGGAGACUCCAUCAGGCGCAGAUUGUCCCCACUCUCUAGAGAAGCGGAGGUCUCGGGCUGGGAUACUGGGGACGCUUGGAAAGCGUUGGUUUUCCAGACCAGAGGUCUGGACAGUGUCCGGAUGGAGUCUCCCGAUCAGCUGUGGACAGGCGCGGACCCGGGAGGAGGCUGUUGGUCCCCGGGACACCUCUAAUACCGCCCCGUUUCGAAUCUCGGGGAGAAGUUGGAGCUUAGGACAGCAUAGCAAAAAGCGGUGUGUCAGAAAGUGGGUAGAUGAGGGUGGUCAAAGUGAGCGUGGCGGUGGAAAGUCUAAACUUGGAAUCUGCUCCAAACCCGUUAGGCGCCGCAGCUGCCAAGAAAUAAUGGGACAAAAGUUAGCAAAGUCUGCAUCUCUGUAGUGUGACCUGCGCAGGGCAUGGUCUGCUGCUUUGAUAUGUGCACGGGGUGGGAAAUGGUGACACCGGACAAAGCGACUUGGUUGGAGUACUGUUAGCUCGGGAUUCGGACCUUUGCGCAAGCAACUUUCAGCCCUCGUUGUUUUUCUACGCGUGGGUGUUUGAGUGUGACCUUGCGGGAGGCAGCGCGGCUGAACUCGAGAAGGGGAUUAAGUCUCCCGGUGACUGCCUCGUAGUACAGGUUUGACUCGGCUGAGCUAGCAAUGCCAUCAAAGAGCAACUGGCACCUGUUAGAUCUGUGAGCCAGAGCCGUGGGGCCGGGGAGUUGUAUCUGUGAGCCAGGGGCAGACAGUGGCUCGGCUUCCUGAGAUGAAGAAACUAAGACUCAGAGAGGUUAAGGACCUUCACUGAUGUGGCACUUCUGAUGUUCGGCACACCCUGUGCCUUCCAGGAGAUGCCCUUUCAGUCCCCAUUCCUGGGAACAGCCUAGGAGACACAGCUCUAAUUAAGGAUUGUUGGAGGAGGGCGGCCAAGCACCCUGGCAUCCUGUGCCAAGACCUUUUACACAUCGUCUAGGGGCUCACUCAGGCUGAGAUUAACUAACUAAACUUGAUCCCGUUUGAACUGGGGAGAACACUGCUCUUCCCAGGUUUCACUCAAGUGUCAUCAAGCCACAUUCUUGACUUUGCUUGGGAUGCAGAAGAGGUAGACCACACUGCUUACCCAUACAGGCAAGACUGACUGCAUGGCACAGACUACCCUCGUGUGCCACACGGCGAUGUCAAGAACACAAACCUCGGCGUGUCUCCAACAGGUUGAAGUCUGCCCUAGCUGCAUCUGAAUCUCCCUGCGGACUCCCUUUCCUGCUGCCUGCUCCUGUGUCUCUGAGAUUUCUGCUCAGCUCUAGGAGGGGGAGUCUCCUCUCUUCCACCCUCCCAUCAACACAGAGGACCCAGCAAAGGGUGGAGGUGGUGAACAUGAGGAGGAGGACCCUCAAGUACCUUACCUUCUUCCUGCUCUUCAUCUUCCUCACUUCCUUUGUCCUGAACUACUCCAACACGGGAGUACCCAGUGCCUGGUUCCCCAAGCAGAUGCUCCUGGAACUCUCAGAGAACUUCCGCAGGUUCAUCAAGUCACAGCCGUGUACCUGCAGACACUGCAUCAGCCAGGACAAGGUCUCAUAUUGGUUCGACCAGCGCUUCAACAAGACUAUGCAGCCCCUGCUGACAGUCCACAAUGCUCUGAUGGAGGAGGACACAUACCGGUGGUGGCUGAGGCUCCAGCGGGAGAGGAAACCCAACAACCUGAGCGACACCGUCAAGGAACUGUUUCGCCUGGUGCCUGGCAAUGUGGAUCCUAUGUUGAACAAGAGGCUGGUGGGCUGCCGACGCUGUGCAGUUGUAGGAAACUCCGGUAACCUGAAGGACUCUUCGUAUGGGCCUGAGAUCGACAGCCAUGACUUUGUGCUGAGGAUGAACAAGGCACCCACAGUGGGUUUUGAGGCAGAUGUUGGGAGCCGGACCACCCACCAUCUCGUGUAUCCUGAGAGCUUCCGGGAGCUGGGAGAGAAUGUCAACAUGGUCCUGGUCCCCUUCAAGACCACCGACCUGCAGUGGGUGAUCAGCGCCACCACCACAGGCACCAUCACUCACACCUACGUCCCCGUGCCCCCGAAGAUCAAAGUGAAACAAGAGAAGAUCCUGAUCUACCACCCAGCCUUCAUCAAGUAUGUCUUUGACAACUGGCUUCAGGGCCAUGGGCGGUAUCCAUCGACUGGCAUCCUCUCCAUCAUCUUCUCCAUUCAUAUCUGUGAUGAGGUGGACUUAUAUGGUUUUGGGGCAGACAGCAAAGGAAAUUGGCACCAUUACUGGGAGAACAACCCAUCAGCGGGUGCCUUCCGAAAGACGGGGGUUCAUGAUGGCGACUUCGAGUACAACAUCACAACUACCCUGGCUGCCAUCAACAAAAUCCGCAUCUUCAAGGGGAGAUGAUGCUGCCACCCAUUAAGGAUGGACACAACACAUCACACCUCUCAAUUUGCAGCCCCAACAUCUCCCUGGAGCCAGUGUGUUCCAGAAGCUUCCAGGGCUGAACUCGGGGUGUUCCCAGGCUUUCUGGCAGCCACUUGCACCCUCAUGUUGUUAUCAUCUACUUAGCAAAGUUGUCCAACUCUCCCAGGAUACAGAGCCAGUCUCAGGCCUGUCUACGGUGGGAGCACUUUCCCACCGCUGUCCCCUAGCUGGGGAAAAGCGAGCCAAUACCAGGAAAGGUCCAGCCUCCAAACAACAACAGUUAUUUUGUCUUCUGAGUUGCAUUGGAGGGAGGGGAUGGGGGAAAAUAAAUCCUGAAGAUUCUUAUGUUCAAAA